AUGGUUGCAGUUUCAGGAGCAGUGUGUGCAUCAACUCUUGCUCGAAAUGGGGUUUCUGUUACACUUUUUGAGUCUGCUAGAGGCCCUGGUGGACGCAUGUCCCAGGGAAGAGAGAAAACUGAAGAUGGAAAGGAGCUGCAUUUCGACCAUGGUGCUCCGUUUUUCUCAGUUAGUAAGCCGGAAGUGGCGCGUCUCGUUCAAGAAUGGGAGUCGAGGGGUCUCGUAACUGAAUGGAAAGAAAAGUUUGGCUCAUUUGAUUUUCAAACCCUUAAGUUUGACAACAUAGAGCAUGAAGGAUUAAGCAAGAGAUUUGUGGGUGUUCCAGGCAUGAAUUCAAUCUGCAAAGCAUUAUGCAAUGAGAGUGGUAUCUACUUAAGUAUUCAAGACAAAUAUGAUUGA